AUGGUACUCCCCCUAUUGAAGCUAGGGACGCUGGUCUUGAAGACUCUCAGCAAACCCGUGGCCAGCAGACUUAAGCAACAGGCUGCGUUUCAUCCGAAGUUCCGCCAGGUCAUCGUCGACAUUGCCCAGGCAAACCAUCGAUUCUCAACUCAAAUGCAAAGACGCAUAUAUGGUCAUGCAACCGAUGUUGAGAUUCGCCCUUUGAAUGAAGAGAAAGCUGUUCAAGCUGCUGUAGACCUCAUUGGGGAGCUCUUUGUCUUCUCGGUUGCAGGAGUUGCUGUGAUCUUUGAGGUGCAAAGGAGUGCUAGAUCAGAAGCCAGAAAGGAGGAAUUACGCAAGCAAGAAUUUGAGGCAAUGAGGCAAAGAGAUGACGACUUGGCAAAAGAGGUGGAACUUCUCAGGCAAAAACUUGAGGAACUGGAGCAGCUCGCCAAGGGACGAGGACUUAGAGGUAUUUUCAACAUCAUACAUAAGAAUACAGAAGCUGUAAAGGUAGCCAAGCCAGCUUAA